AGCUCAAAUCAUCAUCCUCACAAUCAUCAUCACAGCAUUAACUUCAAAAUGUAAGCUUAACAUAACACUAACCAGAUCCAGGCUUCCAAGUUCUAAGGCCAUCACCCGCCCAGAGAGAGAGUAUGGAGACGAAAUAGAGAAAUUGCAAGGGAGAUGAAAAGACACGAAAAGGGCCAAAAGUGCAAAUGAUACUUGGCCCUCCAAAACUUAAAAAAAGAAAAUUCAAUGAAUUUUACAUUUGUCUCGAUUGCUGAGCUCUGAAUUCAAAAAUGGAAAACAAAAGCUCCUCUGUCUCCCUUUAGUCUCUAGCUUCCCCUUCCCUUCUCCUUCUGCUUCAUUUUCCUCAUCAAAAACCCUAAAUCCCCGUAGAUCUCCGGCUAUUUUCCUGUCAGUUCUCUUCCCCGUUGUUUUGGUUGUAGAUUUGAUUGAAAUGGUGGCUCAGCCGUUGCAUUGUGUCGAUAACGGUGAGCUUGGCUCAGUGGUCGAAACUGAAAAGGAGAAGAGUCCCAAAGGAAAAGUUGAGCCGGUAGUUUCUUCUCAAAGGAGGACGAGUGCGAGGAUUCAGGCGACAAGGCAGAGAGCCGAGAAGGAGGAAUUGGUGAGGAAAAGAGUAGAGUUGUUGGAUGAGAGUGAGGAGGAAGGAAGUAAUAAAAGGACUAGUGUGUACAGUAGAAGAAGGGUAAAUGUAGAGAAUGUGAGUGAUGUUGUGGAGGAGAGGAAAGAGAGUGAAGAUUUUGUGCCUAGUGAAGUGGUCAAGCCUGCGGGAGAAGUAGUAAAAGCAAAUUUUGGUGGGCAAAAUGGGGUUGUGUGUGGUGGAGGUGGUGCCUCUGAGAAGAGCGUAUUUGCUAGGGUUAAGGAAACUCUAAGGUUGUUUAACAAGCAUUAUCUCCAUUUUGUACAGGAAGAAGAGAAAAGGUGCCGGAAAAAACGGGUUGAUAAAAAGUCUUCCAGAAGUUCAAAAUCAAAGAAAGGAAAUGCAAUCAAAGCUGAUGCUAAGAAAAAGGCCAAGCGUCCUGAUUUAAAGGCAAUCACUCAGAUGAUCGAUAGUAAUGCUGUGAUGUACCCGGAGAAAAGGAUUGGUGACCUUCCAGGUAUCAAUGUUGGACAUCAAUUCUAUUCAAGGGCUGAAAUGGUUGCCGUUGGUUUCCAUAGCCAUUGGCUGAAUGGGAUUGAUUACAUGGGCAUGUCCUACAGAAAGGAGUAUGGUAACUAUACAUUACCUCUUGCGGUAGCCAUUGUUUUGUCCGGAAUGUACGAGGAUGAUUUGGAUAAUGCAGAUGAUGUUAUCUAUACCGGUCAAGGUGGGCAUGAUUUAACUGGAAAUAAGCGUCAAGUACGGGACCAAGUUAUGGAGCGUGGUAAUUUAGCACUUAAGAACUGUGUGGAGCAAUGUGUGCCUGUGCGAGUUGUUCGUGGCCAUGAAUCUGCAAGCAGCUACUGUGGCAAGGUUUACACGUAUGAUGGUUUAUACAAGGUUGUUCAAUAUUGGGCAGAGAAAGGCAUUUCUGGUUUUACUGUGUUUAAGUAUCGGCUGAGGCGACUGGAAGGACAGCCAACAUUAACAACUAACCAGGUCCAAUUUGUUUAUGGGCGUGUUCCCCAAUCAAUAUCUGAAAUUAGAGGGUUGGUAUGUGAAGACAUUAGUGCGGGUCAAGAGGAUGUUCCCAUUCCAGCUACAAAUUUGGUUGAUGAUCCACCUGUUCCACCAACAGGUUUCACAUACUGCAAGGCUUUACAAAUUGCCAAGAAUGUUAAGAUCCCAACCAAUGCCAGUGGCUGCAACUGCAAAGAAGCUUGUGUGGAUCCUCAAACAUGUGCAUGUGCAAAGCUUAAUGGCUUUGAUUUUCCCUAUGUGCGUAUGUCUCGGCAGGUUGGCAGACUUAUUGAAGCCAAGGCCAUUGUUUUUGAGUGCGGUCCAAAUUGUGGCUGUGGAUCUAAUUGUGUCAAUCGGACAUCUCAAGGAGGACUGAAGUUUCGAUUUGAGGUUUUUCGUUCCCCAAAAAAGGGUUGGGCUGUUCGGUCGUGGGAUUUCAUACCUUCUGGGGCGCCAAUCUGUGAGUAUGUGGGAGUACUAAAGAGAACAGAAGACUUGGACAGUAUCUCUGAGAAUAAUUAUAUAUUUGAAAUCGACUGCUUGCAGACAAUGAGGGGGAUUGAUGGAAGAGAGAGGCGACUUGGAGAGGUAUCAGUGCCAACAAUUAACAACACAGAGGGAUCUGAGGAUCAAAAAUUAGAAAGUGUGCCAGAAUUUUGCAUUGAUGCAGGUUCUACAGGAAAUAUUGCCAGGUUUAUUAAUCAUAGUUGUGAGCCUAAUCUGUUUGUUCAGUGUGUUUUGAGCGCACACCAUGACCUCAAACUUGCUCGAGUAAUGCUAUUUGCAGCCGACAACAUACCGCCUUUGCAGGAGCUUACUUAUGACUAUGGCUACGCCCUCGAUAGUGUCACCGGCCCUGAUGGGAAAAUACAACAGAUGGAAUGCUACUGUGGUGCAGCAGAUUGCCGGAGGCGCUUGUUCUAGUUGGUCAGUAUUUGAUUAUAUUACCUGGAGCUACUGGCAUUUACUGCAAUGACAAUCAGUCAAUGGAAGUACUGUGUAUUGUUCUGUUGUAUAUCUGUUCUUUUAUAUGAGAAUCUACUGCUGCAGCUUAGAAGCCCUGAUUCUCGCCUUCCCUUUUUUUUUUCUUUUUUUUGGGAUUCAUGCCCUGGAUGAAAUCGUGAAUGCCAUGCCUCAAACUAUACAUGGAUAUGUUGUAGCUCAAAGCAAUUAUGAAAGAGGGGAAAAAAGGAAUUUUUGUACGUUUGAUAUUCACAUGUACAAAUUUUUGUACCUUAAUUAAUUUGAAGAUUUAAAUUUUCGCUGAUAGUCA